AUGGCCACCGACAUGGACCUCGACCAUCGCCCCCCCUCCCCCGAGCUCCCCCCACCACCAACCCUCUCCGAACCCGGCCCCCGCGCAACCGCCCUCCAAAAACUCUACAACGAAGCAAUAACCCACAUCCUCAAAACCUGCAACUACACCAACUUCUCCUCCUGCUUCCCAACCCCAACCACCACCGUCCCCGGCUCCAUCAAAGUCCUGCACGAACAAUUCACCUCCAAGCUCGGCACCUCCAUGCACAAAGAAUUCGCCUCGAUCCUCGCGGAACGGAACGUGGUCCCCUCCCUCAACGAGCUGGAUUGUUUAAUCGACGAUGCGAAACGGCGGAAGGCGUCCGCCAGUUCUCAGGAUAUGCCUGCGCCGCUGCAUACGCUGCCGGCCAAGCAGCUUUAUAUCUCGCACUUGGCGCCGACGUUGGGGCGGUAUGAGCAGGAGAUGAAAGCGAGGCAGGAAGCGCUAGCGGAGGAGAAUCAGGAGCUUGUUGGGAAGGUGUUGCAGCAGAGGAGGGAGAUUCAGCAGUUGAUGGCGGGGUUGGAGGGGGUUGUGAGGGAAUUGAAUGGGAGUGUUGAGGCUUUGAGUGGACAGGAUUUGGAGGGGAUGAGGGAGGGGAUGAGGGAGGUUGAUGAGGAGAUGAGGGAUUGA